AUGUCGUCCUCCUUGGCCGACCAGGAGCAACAACCGCCGCAGCAGGACCAGCAGCACCAGCCGCAGCCGCAGUCGGAUCCCCAGCCUGAGCUGCCCGUCUCGCCGACUGCUUCGCAACAGGCCACCGCCCACGCCUACGCCAGCAAUGGCCUCCAGGUCCUCCAGGCCGCCUCGGAUGCAGCCGCCGCAGCUGCCAUCCAGAAUGUCCAGCAUCAUCUGAGCACUGCCGCCGCCGCCGCUGCUGCUGUCGCCGAUGAACAGCAGCAGCAGCAGCAGCAGCAGCCUGAACACCAAUCGGCUGAGGAGCAGCACCAGCAGCAACUCUCGAUGCCCCCGAUGGCCGAGCACGAGCAAGUCCAGCAACAGCAACAUCUCCCGCCUCCUCAGCCGCCUCACACGCCAUCACAGCCGGCUCCCCAGCAACCGCCGCAGCAAGGCACGCAGACCCCGACCGGUGUAGCUUCCUCUACCUCUCCUCCUGGCGCCAAUAACACUCUCGGUGCCGUGUCGCAUGGUGCCAUGCCUGCCUUCCCUCAAACUUUUGCGCCCAUGCCGCCUAUGCCACGAGACCCGACUGUCAAUCCGAAGCUGACACGCCUCAGACGGGCUUGCGACAUGUGCUCUCAGCGAAAGGUCAAAUGCGACGAGUCGGGCCCUCCUUGCCGGCCAUGCUCCGAGCUCAACGUCGACUGCACCUUUAACCGCCAGCUGAAAAGACGGGGGCCCCCAAACAAGCACGCUGAGGCUGCCAGAGCUGCCAGGAGGCAGAGAAUCGAGCCAGGCAUGUCUCCCACCGCUGCCGCCUUCACCUCGUACGGCCCCGCCGUCACCCCGUCGCCCUCUCCGCAUAACGCUGCGCAGGCUCUGGUUUCCAUAGCAGAGGGACCCGGCCGGCUGGACACCGAGUCCAUCGCUCCCUUGCCCAUACUCGAGCUGCUUAUCGACGACUUCUUCACUUACAUCCACCCUCUCGCGCCCUUUCCCCACGAGCCGACCUUCCGACACUCCUUUGCCAACAGGGAGGACCGGACAAACCCCGAGUUCCUUGGCCUGCUGGCCUCCAUGGUCGCUGCUCUCGUAGCUUCCUUCCCCCGCACUGCCCGCCAACAUCUCAAAACCCAGCACAGCAUCCACCUGUUCCCCAGGGCUAUCGUCAUGAUUGAGAGAUGCCGGGACAUUGCGCUCGAUACGAGGGGAGCCCGAUGGGCUCUGAAACAACCCAAGACGCUGGAUGACGCUGCCACCAGCUACUUUCUGGGCCUCGCAGCCGGUUACACGUUCCAGUACGGCAGGUACCGCUACUUUACCGCCGAAUGCUUGGCGCUCAUCCGCGAGCUGGGCUUCCACCGGCCCAAGCACCCCAAUGAGCUUCCUACUUUUGGCAAUGACGAUUGCUCGCCGGAUCCUUUGCCGUUCCACCACAUCAAGGACCAGAUCGGCAAGCGCAUCUUCUGGUGUCUUUUGCUGGGUGUUAGGUCCUUCUCACAGCUAGGCGCCUCCCAUGCGGACUUGGUCAUCGCUCCAUCGACCCCGGGGCUGCCCUAUCCCGCCCUGCCCGAGGACGUUGAUGAUCUCUACAUAAUGGCUAACGAGAUUGUGUACCCGCCCGAGAGUUCCGUCACCUUGCUUACUGGUUAUCGGUUCGCCAUCGACAUCUACACCACCAUGAACGCCAUUGUCAGCGUAGAGCUCGUUUACGGCAUGAGCACGCUGCCUUGGCUCGAUCAGCGAUCCUUGUUGAGAGACGCCCUCAUCGCCGCCAAGGACAUUCUCGACCGCUUGCCGCCUGAGCUCCAGCUCAGCGCGUCUCACGAGCAGUCGAGCGGCUUUGACGCUUUGGAUGACGCCGACCUCCAAUACGUGCCUCCCGCCUACCCCAACAACCAGCCAUCGAACGAUGUUCGGAUUGUCAUCAAGAAUCACCCGCAGCGGCGUCGGCAGCUCCAGUACGAAAUUCAAAAGGCCAACAUCUACGUUUCGCAACUGGCGACUCGUUCCUUCUACGUGGAGCUGUACUUCAACCUGCGAGACGUACAUCUGGCAGAUCCGAACAAGGACGGCCAAGCGGGUGAAAGCCCCGACGAAAAGGCCGCACGGGAAGCAGAGAAUGCCGAGGAAGCUCGAGUCUUUGAGCUGAUGACGGCCGAGAGGGAGUUGAUCGUGCAGAACCUGCUCCAUGUCCUGGGCUCCAUCUCGCAGCGCAAUCUCGAGCCCAACGGGGGGUCCUUGAUCAACAAGAUUCGCCAAGUUGCGUCGACCCUGCUGAACGAUGCUCCUGAGCGCAAGGGCCCGGUGGCUGUGAAGUCGGAGGAGGCUUUGGUGAAGCUAAUUGAUGUGCUGCUCAAGCUGGAAGGCACAGGCCCGAGUGGCAGCAACAUGGCCGGAGAGAACAUGACGCCGCAGGACGAGGAAGAGGAAAUGCGCAACUGGGCUCACUUGCGCGACUAUCAGCAACGGUUCGCGGCUCACGGUGGGUUCACUGGGAACGUUUGA